AUGCGCUCUAUUUUCGUAGUGCUUUCAACUGUUAUUGCAGCUUGCACAUCUGUGCUCGCUCAAGGAACUGCGUCCAUGAGAACGCACUCCAUUUCCAUGCCUUAUAUUGACGAUGAAUUGCAGAACAGAUGGUUCGAUUUUGCUGGAAAUACCAUUAUUAAUACCAACCAUCAAAUCCGUCUCACCUCAACAAAGCAAUCGCAACUGGGCUAUCUAUGGUCUCGUUUGCCUUUGAUUGGCGAUAACUUUCAAGUAGAAUUCGAAUUUAGAGUUGAUGGUAGCUCUGGACAUCUUUAUGGCGAUGGCUUUGCUAUGUGGCUCACAAAGCAAAGAAUGACUGAGGGCCCCGUUUUCGGCUCUGUCGAUAGAUUUGAGGGCCUUGGUGUCUUUUUUGAUACUUAUGAUAAUGAAAGAGCUCACCGUCAUACUUUCCCCUAUGUUAUGGCAAUGCUCGGUGACGGCAUGAAAUCUUAUGAUAACAACAAGGAUGGCAGUGAUACUGAACUCGCUGGCUGUGAGGCUGACUUCAGAGCCAAGGGAUACCCCACUCGUGCUCGCUUAACCUAUCACAAAAAGAACUACCUUCAAUUGGAUCUCAUGUGGCGUCAAGAGGAUGAAUGGGACAAGUGUUUCAAGGUACAUGAUAUUGCUCUUCCUGAACAAAUCUAUCUCGGUUUCAGUGCACACACUGGUGAAGUUACAGACAACCACGACAUCAUUUCAGUCCUCACCAAAUCUAUUCCUCCUGCUGUCAAAGAAGCUGCUCCUCAACCUGUCAAAACCAAGAAGAAGUCUGGCUCUGGUAGUAGUGUGCUUGGUGUUUUGUUUAAAAUGAUCUUGGCUGGUGGUCUUGUUGGUGUUCUAUUUGUCGGCUAUCGUUUCUAUGACCAAAAGAACAGAAUGAAGCGUUUUUAA